GACAUAGACGUGGAUGUGAUGGCUAUUGUCAACGACACAACCGGCACAUUGAUGUCGUGUGCGUUAAAGAACAGGGAGUGUAGGGUCGGCCUUAUUAUCGGCACGGGAGCCAAUGCUUGCUAUAUGGAGACACUGGAGAACGUGGAGCUGUUUAGCGAUGACUUCCCUGAUGUGAAUCAAGUGGUGGUUAAUACAGAAUUGGGUGCUUUCGGUGACAAUCGGAUCCUUAACUUCAUUCGCACGAAAUGGGACGACGAGGUCGACAGCAUUUCCCUCAAUAGAGGCAAACAAUUGUUUGAAAAGAUGAUAUCAGGCAUGUACCUAGGUGAAACUGUUCGCUGUGUUUUGGUAGAUCUGUGCAAAAGGGGAUUCAUAUUCGAGGGCAAGGGAUCAAAUAAAUUAUUCACUUCAAAGGCAUUUCAAACGGCAUACAUAUCUGGCAUAGAAUCGGACAAAGAAAACGAAUACCUAUUCACUCGGCAAGUGAUGUCUGCGAUGGACUUGAGGGAUGCCUCCCUCGAUGACUGUGAUGUGGUUAAACUGGUGUGCAAAAGGGUGUCCACUCGUGCGGCACAUCUGGUGUCGGCAGCCGUGGCGACCAUAUUGAACAAAAUGAAGAGACCGCACACCACAGUGGGAGUGGACGGAUCGGUAUACAAAUUUCACCCACACUUUCACGACCUAAUGAUGGCCAAGAUAUCAGAGUUGGUGCGCCCGGAGUUCACGUUUGAUUUGAUGUUGUCGGAGGACGGCAGCGGUCGCGGGGCGGCCCUCGUGGCAGCCGUGGCCGCCAAACAGGAGCACCGGCGCAAAAUCAGCAUGGAACAAAUGGGACUGUAUGUGCCGCCCAGGGAUACCGUCAACAGGAAGAACUCGCGCCGGGAGUUGGAGGACUUGGUCUCCAAAAUCAACCGGACAAACCUCAACGUUACUUAAUACGCGUUACGACAUUAAUUUUUAGGUCAUAAUCAUGUGUUUAUUACUAAGAAAUUGAUUUUUAUAAAAAUGUUUUAUAUAUGAAAAGUUCCACAAAAAUAAUGAAAAGUAUUUUUUAAGUGCAAAGUGUCCACACAAUCAGUGAAAUUGCAUUUGA